AUGUCCACGAUUCACCCAUCGGCUCCACAUUUCCGCGGUCCGAUCGGAUUGCGGAUAGCCGAAUACAUGGAUGAUGAUCCCUGGGCUGCCAGCAUUCUGGUAGCCGAUUCCAGCGCUAAUGCCGAUCUUUUGCGACAACUUGAAGCUGGAUGUCGCCUUGAGCCGGAAUCGUAUCGAAUGGAGCGGGUACAACGGCGUCGAAAUCUUGAAACGGUCAUCGAUUUGCAUCGGACUCCUACAGUACGCUCGAUUGGACUAAGCCGAGCACAAAGUGAAACCGAUUCAAUCGAUACGUCGUUUACCACAGUGGAUGCGGAUGAACAAGAAGAGGUUGAGGAUGAGGACUAG